AUGUUGACGCAGAUCGGCGCGACGAUCGAACGCAGGUUUGUGCAACUGUUGAAGUCUCCCGUGGCAGAGAGGGCUGCUAUGGAGGCAAGGAAGGAGGAAGCAUCGGGCAGGUCCCAGGAAGAUGCGCACCGCAUGGCAGAGCUUCGACGGGAAAAGCAGGCGAAGAAGUUCGAGCAGACACUUUUCGGACAGAAGCUCCGUCCCGGGCUAGCGCACGGAAAGGACGAGCCUGGAAAGCCUUACGCUGAGUACGGCACACUGCACGACAUCGACUGA